AUGAGCAUCUCCUGCUCUGACUGCAGCUGGGAGGGACUGCUGCGCGGGGCCGCCUGUGAGUGCUUUGGAACAGAGCACCCGCUGCUCAUUGAGAAGACUCAAAGACAUGGCAACCAGGAGGAAAUAUAUAAGAGGGAUCUUCUAGCAUCGACAGAAAUCCCGGCAGAGUAUAUUGAUCCAACUUCCAUAGAUCUCACUCCCUUGGUCAAUACGUUAAUUCAUUCAACACAAUUAGGCUCAAGUCAGCUCUUCUCUUUGUUGAGUGUGACCUCACACAGCUCCCUGGCUCUUCACAAGCUCACUCUACUGGUCUAUAACAUUUCUAAUUUCAGAAGUAUCGCGGACAACAUGUUUCCAAGAAGGUAUUGCUAUUGUGUAACAAACGAGACAAACGACUUAACAGACUUCACUGCCAUAUUGUUGGAUGUUAUGGGAAAUUCCACAAGCUAUCUACAAGAGCUAUUCAAAUCUAGCUCCAUAUUAUCAGUGAGCCAAAAUAAUAUUUCUGACUGCAUAUACAUCUGUGUAAUGGCAGGUAAAUCAGAUAAAUACCUGUCUCAACUCUGGGAAGUUGACUCCAUCAUGCCUCUGUUCAAUCAGACCAUUACAGAAAGCGCACAUAAAGUAGAGUCCACUCCACUGCACAUGCGCGCCGCCACCGUCCUCAAGGACGACCCGGAGGACGAGGUGCUGGGCGAUCCGUGUGGAGGCGGUGGAAUUCUAUCAGAAGAGAAGGGUCCAAAAUGUCCCUCACCGGAACCCAGCAUCUUUCCUCCGGACCGUACCCCUUCCAGUCCACGAGGUACUAACCAGAACCACAUCCGUCUUGACCUCAACAAGAACUCAACCCACCACAAUCACACCCUCACCGACUACAAAGACCAGGACCAGAACUACAGGUCGACCGACCUCAAUAUCAGUUCCUCAUACCACUACAAGCAGAACUACAGUCCUAAUGACCCCAACUACAGCCCUUCCGAUCACAAUCACAGCCCAACCAACCAUAACCAAAGCCCCACCGUCCACAACCACAGCCCAACAAAACCGACCAACCACAUCUACAGCCCUACCAACCACAGCCCAACCAACUACAGCUUUACCAAUCCCAGCCCUACUGCCUACAACUACAGUCCUACCCACCACAACCACAGCCCAACCAACCACAACUACAGCCCUACGAAUCAUGACCACAGCCACGCCAACUGCAGCUCAACCAAUUCCAACCUCAGUGCAACUGACCAAAGUCCCAUCAUCCACAACCACAGACCAACUGACCACAACAGCUCAACCGACUACAACCACACCACAACUGACCACAGUCCAACACAACCAACCACAGGCCCACCAGCCACAGGCCAAGCUAUUACAACCACACCACAAUUGCACACAGCCCAACAAACUACAACCACAACACAACUAACUACAACCACAGCCCCAUGGACCAUUACCAAUAUAACCACGACCGCAACCAGAGUGAUCACCAAAGCACCCAUCACAGAGAAACCAGGCUGCCCAUGGAGAAGGCCUGUCUUGACCAACAUAGAAGACUGGCGUGACAACUCCAUUACUAGCAGCACCACCACUGUGAGUGCUCACAAGCUACAGCCCUGCGUACUCGAGCUCUGCAAGUUCUUCUCCCAGUGCCUCUGCCACUCCUACAGCUACAAGACUCACAUGAAGAGGUAUUGUGCUGAUAGUCACCUGUGGUAUGAGAAACAUACCUUUGAGGUGUGUAGACGGGUCAGAAGAGUCUCUUUCUCCAGAAAUCUAAAACAGAGGUGCCUUGCAAGAAUGUGCAACAAACUCUGGCCAGAGUGGAAAAGAGACAGAGAGAGCGGGAUAUACUGAAGUUGGAGAGGAGAUUACACAGGAAGAACCAUUGAAGUAUGCACAUUCUGAUGUAACUUUAAGAGCACAGUGUUUUUUCCUGAAUCCAAUAAAUUGAAAAUAUUUUCUUUCGAACCACAUCUGUUUGGGAGUCAGUGGAUUUGUCAGUUCUUCCUGUUGUCACUUGUA